AUGGACACUCCCAAGAUCUCCAUCGAGAAGGUUCAGGGCGAGAACGCGCCUGCUACUACAGGCGAGGACAAGAUCAACACUCAGCAGCUCAACGCGAUGCCUGCUGGAGACUCAUUCCUCAAGCUCGUCCCCGAGGUUGCUGGAGGCAACAUGAGCACCAGUGCCAACCCAACCGACCCUGUCCUUGAGCUUCGCAUCCAGCGCGCCGGUGCCAGCUGCGACGAGCUGGACGACGAGGCGCUGGAGCUCAUGGAGAUCCUGCGGGACUACAUCUUCAAGACCAGCGAGGUGACCGGCAUCCUCGCCGGCCACCCCGAGAUCAUCGCACCCUUCCAGUACGACCUCAGCAUGUUGGACGCGACCUCGAGUUUCCUCGCCAGCAUGCUGGGCCCCAGCACCUACGGCAGCGUCCGCCCGACCGAGGACCAGGCCCGGCGCCGCACCGAGAUCCGCAACCGCUGCUACAGGACGAUCAAGCAGAUGCGCCGCAUCCCUGGCGAGCAGCAGGAGGUCGAUUACGCUGGCCAGGGAGGUUAUGAGUCCAUCCAGGUGGCGCAGGGCCCGCAAGCCAGGCCGUGUCCGAGCAUUGAGACUCGCAGCGUCGAUUCCUUGGCCCACAGCUUCUCACGUAUUCUGAAGUUCCAGCUUGAUGGCACCGACCAGGAGGACACUGGUACCCAGGAGGAGCAGGAUCAGCAGGAUCAGCGGGAGGCUGGUGGCUCCGAGCAGGGAGGUUCUCGCUCCAGCCAGAGCAACCUCUUCGACGAGGUUGACUAA